AUGGAGGUGGUUGCAGCCCUGGCUAGUAUGGAGGUACCUGCUUCCGGGACGGUAGUUGAGGUUACUGACAGGUCUGACUCUGAGAGGGUGGCCAAAUGGGCGCGUAAGAAAGAAAGGAUGCUUUGCUACCAUUGUGGUGAGAAGGGCCACUUCAUUGCUGAGUGUGUGGCGGAGCUAUGUGAGUCGUGCGGCAAGCCAACACAUACAUCUGGGGAUUGCCCAUUUUUGCGUGACCAGGCUCCGGCUCUAACAAUGUAUGGAGUAUAUUGUGCGGAGCUGAUGUUCUUUGAGUCCCCGGCAGCGAGAGAGAUUCCGGAGAAGACUCAGAGUAUGACCACCGGGAUUGUGAAAGCGACCCAAGGUGAGGCCCUGGACAUAAAAGCUGAAUCCGCGAUUUUGCUGCCUCCUGAGCUCCAGGUUAAAAAUGAGGCGGAGAAGAGGUUGAAAGAACUUCUCCAUGAAGAAGAAUUGAAGUGGGCUUUGCGAGCUAAGGUCCACAAAGUGGUCCAAGGGGACGCGAAUACUCAAUUCUUUCACCUCAUUGCUAAUGGUUAUUUUCCGAGCUAUAGCAUUGAUCCGUUCGUGGUCGCUACUCACUCCGAUGGAGGCCAGGUCUUGAUGGGGAUCUGCGCGUCAUCGGAGCACCUCGCCCAGCAGGGGCAGGAGGCGGACGAGAGCAUCGUCUAUGUCAUGGACGAGGAAGGAGGAGGCGGCGCGUCGUCGCCGAGGAAGGUGGCCUCCCUCUUCUCCCAGAAGGGCAAGAAAGGCCCCAACCAGGACGCCGUCAUCCUCUGCCAGGGAUUCGGCAUGGAGGGCGGCGUGUUCUGCGGCGUGUUCGACGGCCACGGCAGGUGCGGCCACUUGGUGAGCAAGCUGGUGAGGGACUACCUCCCCUUCAUGGUCCUGAGCCACCGGAACGCGCUGCUCCUGGCGGACGCGGACGCGGACGCCGACGACCCCGUGUUCAGCGACGCCUCGCCGUCGUCCUCCGCGGACAGCAGCGGCAACUCGUCGCCGCACCCGUCGCAGAUGCUGGGGGAGUGGAGGGAGGCCUGCACCAAUGCGUUCAAGGCCAUGGACAACGAGCUCAAGCUGCAGGCCAACAUGGACUGCAACUUCAGCGGCACCACGGCAGUGUGUGCCAUCAAGCAGGGCAAGGAUCUGAUCAUUGCCAACCUCGGAGACUCGAGGGCGGUUCUUGCGACCAUGUCUGGGGCCGGCUACCUCAAGGCCGUACAGCUCACCACCGACCAGAAGCCCGGCCUGCCUGAGGAGGCGGAGAGGAUCAAGAGGUGCGAGGGGCGCGUGUUCGCGCUGAGGGAGGAGCCGGGCGUGAUGCGGGUGUGGCUGCCCGGCGAGAACCUCCCGGGGCUGGCCAUGGCGCGCGCGCUGGGGGACUCGAGGCUGAAGCACCACGGGGUCAUCUCGACGCCGCAGGUGACGGGGCACCGGAUAGGCGACGCGGACCUGUUCAUGAUCCUGGCCACGGACGGGGUGUGGGACGUGCUGAGCGGCGGUGCAGAGGUGGAAGACCAAGUACCCGUCCUCACGGGUGGACGACUGCUCCGCGGUCUGCCUCUUCCUGCACGACCACGGCGCGUCGGCGCCGCAGCGGCCAGGAAGCUCUAG